AGGUAGCCGCAAGGAGACUGCGCUGAGCAGAUCGCGGACCUCGGAUCGCGGACCUCAGACCCCGCACUCGCGACCAGCCGCCGCCAUGUACGACCCAGAGCGCGGCUGGGACCUGUCCUUCACGGCCUGCGGCUUCCUGUCCAUCUACUUCGUAGGGGUGCAACACUGCAUAAACGAGCGCGCCCCGCACCUCUUCAGCAACGCGCGCCGGGUCUUCGGCGGCUCGGCCAGUUCGUUGCAAGCCGCUUCAUUGCUGGGCGGGCUCCCGGAGAAAACGUCACUAAAGAUAUUCAAUGCAUUUUCCCGGUGUGCCAUGAGCCACAACACUGGCGUCUUCCACCCGUCCUUCAACGUAAGCCAGAUCCUCCGCGAACAAAUGCACAGAUACCUCCCGGCCAACAUCCACCAGCUCACCUCCGGCAGAAUGUUCGUCUCACUCACCAGAGUGUCCGACUGGAGAAACGUCCUGGUGUCAGAGUUCCGGUCCAAAGACGAAGUCGUGGACGCCUUGGUUUGUUCCUGCUUCCUCCCCAUCUUGUCUGGCUUAAUCCCUCCUUCCUUCAGAGGCGUGCGAUACAUUGAUGGAGGACUGACUAACGCUAUGCCCGUCUUUGAUGCCGAAACGACCAUAACUGUGUCUCCCUUCUAUGGAGAAUAUGACAUCUGCCCUAAGGUCAAGUCCACGCACUUUUUUCACAUAGAAGUCUCCAGGUUCAGUAUUCGACUCUGCUCAGAGAACAUCCGCCUGCUUAGCCGACUGCUGUCCCCCAAGAACAUCAAGGAGAUUGGAGAGCUCUGCCUUCAAGGGUAUUUAGAUGCAGCCAGGUUCUUAGAAGAAAAUGGCAUCUGUAACAGGCCCCAGCCAUGCCUGAGUUCAUCCUCACAAGAGCCAGAUGUCCCCGUGCUCCCCUGUGAAACCACGGACCUAGGGGCUUCCCCGGGGUUGGCCACCUGGUCGGUGAGCCCUGAGAGGAAGGAGCUGCUGGAACUGCAUCAUGGCCCCCUGCCCUGGGACGAGCGCCUCCUUGACAAGACAUCACCCAGGCUCAUUUUAGCAUUGAUUAACACAUUUAAGGAAGACAACACAUUCAUGAGCAAGAUUCAUAACUUCUUACCUGUUAAAGUGAUGUCCUACGUGAUGUUGCCCUGUACGCUGCCUGUGGAGUAUGCGAUUAUUACGGUCCAGAGAUUGGUGGAGUGGCUUCCAUAUGCUCCUGAUGACAUCCAGUGGCUGCAGUCGAUAACCUCCCAGAUUUGCUCUCGAGUGAUAAGACAUCUGCUCCCCACUUACAGUUCCCAGAUGCUGGCAAGCAGCCAGCAGCCUUCCCUUCCAAACCAGAGCGUGACGGAUACCUCAGGCCGCCCCACUCCGCGUGGACCUGGAUGCCCGCCAGAACUGAGGCUGCCCAGCGAUCCGCCCUCCAGUCCAGCCUGCCUUUCCAGGGCGGUGGUCUCUGCUGGGGGCAGGACAGGUCCCUCCUCCCUCACUUUUUAAAAUGGGGACGAGCAAGUCUAGCACCUUCUUUGUGAGGUGUCAGACCUUUCCCAUUUUUGUGUGGCUCCCUCCAUGCUGCCACUGACUGCCCUGUGUCUGUGACGUCUGGAAUCUGGCCUCUGUACUGAAUUUACUGUUUAUUGAAACCAAAGGCAAUCGAUUUGUUCUUACAAUAAAGCUAGGAAGCUAUUUUUGGUAUUCUUGGGGGUCCAGUGAUGAAAGAAAUCUAGUAUGGAAGCACCCGCGUGAGU